AUUCGCGUGAUUCGCGUUCACACCUGGGAUUUCCGAAGCUGGUCUCGUCUGCUUUCAGAGCUGUUAUUCAUGGAGAUAUAGAUAGAUAGAUAUAGAUAUAGAGAGCAGUAGAAUCAUGGCUAGCGUUAUUUUUCCUUAGAGAAAUCAACAGGGUGACAGUUACACUGCACACGUCUCUCCGACGAUGUUUUCUUUUGUCUUCCAGCGGCGUUGAAGCAGCUAUAUGGAAAAAAAAAAAGAAAUGGACUGACUUUCUUCUCCUCUCCUUACGAAGGAUUUCAAAGGCCAAAAAAAAUCUGUAUCCUACAACACACGUACAGUAACUUAAAUGGAGUUAUAAAUAUAGGCUACAUGGGCUUUUUUUGCAGCCUGCCGUGUACGUGCACUCAAAAACAUCCAGAGGAAACGGUUAGCUCUGUGCCGAAACAUGAAGAAAACAAGCGACUGGAGCAACAUGACUGAUGGAGAGACGUAGCUUGUUUGUUUGGAGGUUACUGUGGACAGAUACAAUGACCAAAGUCUGAGAUAACACAAGGAAGAAAAGGAAAUAAAUAAACCACGUUUCACAGCCAAAUAACGGGCAUGUAACGUAUGCACAUUUUUAACAAAAUGUUAAUAGGCUUAUACGACUCUGGCCAAUUUUAUUUUACGGAAUGUAAAACCAAUAACUUCCGGGUAAGUUGUUUAACUGCUGUCUUGUGAAGAAACAAAGUGAGUUCUUGUUGUGGUAACAUGAGGCUAAACCUAAAACAGCUGCAUUUGCUAAUUAGCUUAGCUAGUUAAGUCGCCUAAUAGACCUUUUCAAUGGAAUUCCAUUGCUAGGCAACAGCAUGGCCCCUUGUUAACUUCCUGUCAGUUGGGUUUAGAAUGUUUACAUCUGUGAAAUGGUCUAUAUAGCAAAAAAGUCUGCUGUUGUGUAUCUGUAUAUUUCAGAGUAUAGGCUACAUAAUGUAGGUGUGUCAUGUUAUAAUCACUGUAGCUACCAGUAUUCCUCUACCAUCAUACCUGUAUCAAGUCAAAUGCAGUGGUGAAUGUAGUUUAUCGUAUCAUAAUAUAGCAACAUCUUAAAAUAACUAUAAUUUGAUAAAUGUUAUAAUAUGCCAUCAAAAUUGACAAGUGCAUAUGUAAAUGGCAUUGAAAAUAUAUAUUCCAACAAGAUAAUUAAAAGGAAACUAGCAAAAGGAAGAGACAAAAAAAAGAGCAACUUUAGAUAAGAAACAAUUAAAUCCUAUCAGAGUUGUAAAUCCUAAAAAAUAAAAAAUAAAUCUGUUCAGAAGUAACUAAAUCUCUACACAUGUAGUCUACUUCUUAUGAUGUGCUCAUAGAUCAAGUGUGGCAUCAGGCGUUAUUAUAUACUUUGAUCUUAAACACUGUUGUACUGCCCAUGUUAACUUACUAGAUAUUGCACUAUAUGACAGUUAUUUCAAACCAGCCUAAUACGCUGGACAUGGAUUUGACUUCCCCUUGUUUUUCCCUUCCUUCUGUUGAUGAAUUUGAAAAUAAUGAAAAUAGAAAUCUACAAAUGGAUGAGGAGGAGUUAUCAGCAGCUGCGUUUGAACCCAUGAAACCAACGCGGACUGGCUGUAAUCUGAAUGGAUGCGUGUGAGACGAGGGGUGACUUUUGUUGGGCUGUUUUUGUGCUUCGUCGAUGGAUUCGCAUGUUAGCACCGCCCUGCGGGGCAGCAGCGGCAGCAACUACACAGCUGACACCUCGGGUCCGAGCUUCACCGACCAGCUGGGCACUACCUCACCUGUUGUGCCAAGGGUUGUUUCCAUAGUGACCAGCCUAGUGACCGCCACCACAGAGGCCACAUUGGGAAACACAGGAAACCUAUCGACGUUCAGAGACCAUAGAGGGAGCGAGCUCGGUCCAAUCCAUCCGGCGUCGACCCCGUCGGUGCUGAGCGCCGCUGAGAGUAAGUCUGUCCUGCAGGGCAUCACCGUGGCAACUCAGGCCCUGGUACUCCUCGCCAUCUUCCUCCUCUCCAGCCUCGGUAACUCGGCAGUCGUCGUCGUCAUCAUCAAACACAGACAGCUUCGGACAGUGACCAAUGCUUUCAUCAUGUCGCUGUCCUUGUCUGACUUCCUCACGGCUGUGUUGUGUCUGCCGUUCUCCUUCGUCAUGCUCUUCAGCAAGGAUGGUACCUGGAUGUUCGGGGAUCGUUUCUGCGUGGCCAACGGCUUUUUCAACACCUGCUUUGGUAUCAUCUCCACCCUGACUAUGACUUUGAUCUCCUUUGACAGGUACUACGCCAUAGUCAGACAGCCGCAGGCCAAAAUAGGGCGCCAGAAAGCAACUCAGUUGUUGAUCGCUGUGUGGUUAACUGCAGUCAUUUUCUCUUUGCCUUGGUAUCUCUUAGUCCGACCGCCUACAGAAAUCCAUAAGCGAGGUUUCUACCACUGUAUGUACGUGUUCCACUCCAGGACUUCACGCAUGGGGACGGCUUACAGCAUCUGCCUUAUCGUCGUAUGUUACUUACUGCCCUUCGCCCUCAUGUGUUUUUGUCAUUACAACAUCUGUAAGGCCGUUCGUCUCUCUGAAAUCCGAGUCCGGCCGGUGACCACGUACGCAUACUUACUGCGGUUCUACAGUGAAAUGCGAACAGCCACCACAGUUCUGAUUAUGAUUGUUUUCAUCAUUUUCUGUUGGGGGCCAUAUUGUUUAAUGGGGUUGGUUACAGCAUUGGGGGACUACACGUUCAACCCGGCAAUGGACACAGUGGCCAUCUGGCUAGCCUGGGCAAACGGAGCCAUCAACCCUCUGAUCUACGCCCUGAGGAACCCCAAUAUAUCCAUGUUACUGGGGCGGAGCAGAGAGGAGGGCUAUCGGACCAGAAAUAUCGCUGCGUACCUCUCCAGCCAAACCCAGAACCGCGAGGUUCGGCUCAACCAAGCGGAGAGGAUCAGGGACCGCUACGUGAGUCGCGUAGGGGUGAAUAAUAACAGCCGGCUGUCAAAUUCAAGUCCUGGAAAAGGAGGAGGGGGAGGAGAGGUGGCAAUGUGGGCCUGUAAAAACCCUGCCGUGUUCUUCUGCAGGGACGCCCAGCCUGACACUGCAACACUUCCUAACUCCGUCAGUGCGCCAAAGAGGAAGACAGCGGACACCAGCCUGUGACGUUCUGGAAGAGCGCUGAACCAUCAAACGAUUGUUUUCAUCUUAUCUAAUAUGCUGUUGUGGAUCUAGAGACUGAAGACGAAAUACCUGAUAGUAUUUAUGUGUCUCUCAGAUCACACUCUAAAAUGUUUAUGAUUCAAACCACCACUUGAUCAUCAUUUGUCAGGAAUCAAAAGGAUCAUUCACAGAACUAUGUGGGAGGACAACAAGUUAUGACGGUGAAAUCGUAAUUUAAGCAGCUGUUGUACGGUCAAUGAAAUUCCUUCCUAAUUUAUGAGGACACCAUUAAGUCCUCUCAAGGAUCCACGGGAUCGCCUGACGGACCCCUGGAAACCCUUCAAUGGUUAAUCAUGAAAGGGGAUGCAAAACAUUUCUGUAGAAAACCAUGAUGAGUUUGCGCUUGUAUU